AUGGAGGUUGAUCCUCCUGCUAGUGAUAGCGGUUAUGAGUCUGUCGAGAGGGAUGCUCGCGAGAUCCCCGGAGUGACCGAGAAGCAUCAAGACUUUGUGUUCCAUGCAAACAUGGCGUUUGUCACCUACACCCGCAGCCGGGUCGAAGACCCAGAGGAGUUCCACAGGUAUCUACGAGAGUCGCUGGCGCCGAGCCUGCCACGGGUUAACCGCAGGACUGGACAGGCAGGAACAGUACAGGUCUACGGCUGCAAGGAACUGCAUGAGGAUGGCACUCCCCACUAUCAUGUGAUGCUCAAGUUCGAGCCCCGCGUGCACUGGAGGAACGCCCGUGAAAAGUUCAGGGUCUGGAUUGAUGUAAAGGAUGGUCGUGAGGUGGACACGACGUCGAUCAACAUUCACAAGAAGCCGGAGAACGAGACGCCUGCGUACUUCCUGCAGUGCGUGCAGGCUUAUAUCGCCAAGGGUGGCGACGUCUUUGGCGAGUGGAUCGGUCCCAAGACGACGACGGCGUCGGAAAAAGACAAGUACUUGGAGCAGACGGUUGAGACGGAGUCCCGCGAGGAGGCGGAGACGCUGCUCAAGACGCAUUUCAAGUCCUGGUGGUGGCGGCAAAAGAACUUUGACGUGGCCCGGCUUGGUCGUCCGACAUGUCUCGUCAUCGUCGGUCGGCCCCGCUCUGGCAAGACCGAGUGGGCUCUUUCCUUUGGUCGUCCAGCUCACAUGACGGGUGAGUGGAAUAUGGAUGAACUCAUGAAGCCGGACAUUACACAUGUUGUCCUCAACGAUAUCAAGUUGAGGGCUUUUCCCUACAAGCGUGACCUUGCUGGCUGUCAGGAGUACAUCACCGCCACAGGCAAGUACCGCGAGCAGCGGACCAUUCGCAUGGGUAUACCAGUCAUCUGGACUUGUAAUGAGGACAAUGAUGUUACCAAGGACAAGGAUAUUGGUGCGACCGAGCCGAAGGUUCGGGCGUGGAGACCACGCUCAACCAUCUUCAAUUGA